AUGAAGUUUCUUGAUUCCCUUUUGGCUGCGGCCGUUCCCACCCAUGCAGCCCUCCGAUUCGGCUGCUCGACCCUCAGCAUUCAGCGCCUCGACCCGUUGGUACAACCCGGCGCCAUCCCAUCGUCCCAUCUGCACCAGAUCGUCGGCGGCAAUGCCUUCAACGCCACGAUGACGGGUGACAUUGGCAACCAGGCCAACUGCACGACGUGCACGUUCUCAGAAGACUUUUCCAACUACUGGACGGCGGUCAUGUACUUCCGUGCGCCCAAUGGCACCUUCAAGCGCGUGCCCAUUAUGCAGAACACGGCGCUGCCCAACGGCAUCAAUGGCGGCAUGACGGUUUAUUACACCCAAAAGGACUUUAGCAGCAAUGGCGACCAAAAGAUCACCGCCUUUAAGCCCGGCUUCCGCAUGACAGUAGGCAGCCCGUCGACGGCGUCGCUGACCGAUGCCGAGAGCCAUGUCGGUCUGCGGUUUGUCUGCCUCGACGAAAAGGCCACGCGCUUCCCUGAGCUGCCGACGUUCCCGAACCGGCCCUGUGUCGGCGGCAUCAUGACGGUGCACCAUUUCCCAUCGUGCUGGGAUGGCGUCCACCUCGACAGCCCCGACCACCAGUCGCACAUGUACAACACGCAGGGCGAGGCCUUUAGCAAUGCCGGUCCCUGCCCAGCAUCGCACCCGGUGCGCAUGCCACAGGUGGCCUACGAGACUCUCUGGGACACAACGGGCUUCAACCACCUGUAUCCCACCGACGGCAGCAACCCCUUCUUCCUCAGUUACGGCGAUGACCACGGCUACGGCACGCACGCCGACUACGUGUUUGGCUGGAAGGGCGAUUCGCUGCAGCGGGCCAUGGACUCGACGUGCAUGUUCCAGGGCUGCGAGAACGGCAAGCCGCUGCUGUCGCAGUCGGUAGCGGAGAUGAACAAAUGUGCGGUGGAGAGCACUGUCCACGAAGACAUUGAUGGAUGUGAGUUCACGACGACGUAG